AUGUAUAUUUCAGCCAAUCCACGAGAGAAUGCACAUGAUUCAGAACACGUGAAUCAAGCAAAUGACCAAGGAAAUGACAACCCCAGUUGCAGAGUUAAUUUUAAAGUGUGCGGCGUGGACUACCCACGUGACGUGGUCAUGUUUCAUGCGCUACGGCGGGACCGGCUCGCCCCGAACCUUGGUCACUUCUGUAUAAAACUAGAGACCUACCUCAGGAUCAACAAAAUACCGUACCAGUUUGAUGGUACUUCAAUGCCUCGACCAAAGGAGAAAGUCCCCUGGAUUGAAUACAACGGCGUCACGAUGGGAGAUUCCCAACUGAUCAUACAAUACCUUGAGCAAGAGUUUAAGGUGAAUCUAAAUGCCCAUCUAGCCUCGAAAGAGCGAGCAAUAGCCUGGGCUAUACAGAAGUGGAUCGAAGAGUUUACAUACUGGUUGAAUGUUUACACAAGAUGGGUGAUUUUCAAUGAUGACAUGUUCAAGAUCCAGUCUACAUGCCCAAAGUACAUGAAGAUACCAAUGCGUAGGAAGGUUGAAAGCAUGCUGCACGCGGUCGGCGUUGGUCGUCAUAGCAAGGAAGAAGUUCACGCGAUGAUGGUGAACGAUUUAAAACAGUUUUCAGCUAUUUUAGGCGAUUGGAAGUACAUUAUGGGAGACCGGAUAUGCGAUGUAGAUUGUGCCGCGUUCGGCAUUCUGUCCCAAAUCCGCUGGUGUACGCCGUCAGCCUGUCCAGGAAACGCCUUGCUGCAAGGAUAUGAAUUAAGAAAUGUCACAGACUACAUGGACAGAAUACGAAACGAGUUUUGGCCGGAUUGGGGAGACAUAAUAAGCCAGGCUACAUAGAAAACUUAAAAUAAUGAUCAUGUGGAUGUAUAUUGUUAUUGGACUAAUGCAUAUCACCGUUAUUCAAUAAUCUCCAUAUUUAUGUGUAUAAUGUGCAUAUUGGACUAAUUUUAGCAAAUAAAUUAUACUCGAAGUUCAAAAAGACUACAUUCAAUAAAUUUAAUGCCUUGAAAUACAAAGGCAGGUAACCAACACAUUUCUAGAUUCUUAGCUUACUCGCAAGAUACUACCUUCAUGGCGC